UCGAUAUUUUGACACAACUAGGCAAACGCAUCCCAUAAGGGGCUGUGUUUUCUUUUUCACUCCGACCGGUAUUUUGUUUUUACGUGUACCGUCCUUGCAGACUCACAAGGAGUUACUAUGGCGAAAGGAAGCCUAAUAUUGGAAUUGUUGCUAUUGGCAUGUUAUAUAAGCUUGGCUGUGGCUACAAUAACACCUGGGAAAAAACAAACAGCACCAAAAGUUAAGACCGGCCCAUCCGAUUUAAGCGUUUUUGACUUGGACUUGAUACAACAAGAACCAACUUCAAAGGAAAUAUUAAUAAACUGUGGUGCCUAUUAUAAAGAUACCACAGUUCGAAAUUUCAAUGGAACGGUUUUGGGAUUUGUUACACCGUGGAAUUCACAUGGCUACGAUGUAGCAAAACUAUUCGCCAUGAAAUUUGAUAUCAUAUCUCCAGUAUGGUUUCAAAUUGUCAAACACGGAGAAGCCUAUAAAAUUCAAGGAACACAUGAUAUUGAUGCACGUUGGAUGAAAACGGUACGAGACAAGGGAAAAACUGCAAUUGGGACUACAUCAUUUUUUCCUAGAUUUCUUUUUGAAAACUUUAGGAAUGAGGAUUUCAACAAAUUGUUCACAUCGGAAAAGGAAAAAAAUAAACUAGUGAAUGUUUUAAUACAAACCUGCGUGGAGCAUGGCUUCAACGGUGUUGUGUUGGAAUACUGGUUGCAAUUGGCCGGACAUGUUAGUGACAAAUUUCUACUUAAACUUACCAUUGAUCUCAGUGAGGCUUUAGCAGCAAGAGAUUUAAAAGUUAUACUUGUCAUUCCGCCAUAUAGGCAACAAAUGGAAAAUAUUUUUACGAGUUAUCAUUUUGAGCAAUUAUAUCAGCAUGUAUAUAAGUUUUCUCUUAUGACAUACGACUUUUCGAGUGUGCAACGACCAGGAGCAAACUCCCCUAUGUAUUGGAUAAAGCAAUCCAUAGAGCAUAUAGUACCUUCCAAAUCCGAGGAACAAAGAAGUAAGAUUUUAAUGGGUCUAAAUAUGUACGGUAAUGACUAUACACCCGAUGGUGGUGGACCCAUUGUAUCUGGAGAUUAUUUGUCCUUACUUAAACACUUAAAGAAACGUUUGGUUUUGGAUGAAAAAGAUGUGGAAAAUUUCUUUGAAGUCAAAACGCACACUGGCCGCCAUUACGUUUUUUAUCCUACCCUAUUUUCAAUACACGAAAGACUUAAAUUAGCUCAGGAACUUGGAGUUGGCAUUUCAAUAUGGGAAUUGGGUCAAGGGUUAGACUAUUUCUACGACUUAUUUUAAGUUUUGCAAUAUCCAGUCAACUAAGUUGCAAUGCAGUUUCAAAGAAAGUGAUGCCACCUAGCGUUUGUCCAGAACUUCUAACAAGCAUAUGGAAUGUUCACACACAAAGACUAAUUCUUACAUCUGAUGUACAUUAGCAGUGUUUUGUUGUAUUACUACAAAGUGCAGUAUAAUGAAAUAUGUAUGAAAAUGACAUCUAUCCAGGAUAACGAAGUUCUGGAUAAAUAACCAGAAACGUACUACGAAACAAUUUUCAAGUAUUUUAAAAUUAAAAUUAGUAUUAUAAACUCUGGACCAAAUGAACCAUUUGCAACAGCCAACGACCUACAUCAAUAGCUGUGUUUUAUUUUAAUACUACAAUAUAUAAUGCAAUGCACCAAAAAAUUUAUGGAAAUGACAUCUAACCAGCAUUUACUGAAUAAAAUUAAGCCAAGCGGCCAGCCGA